AGACUUUCCUUAAGUUGGCAGCCCUGUUUACAGUGAACAGUAUUUAAACUUUAAAAACUGACUCACCGAAAAGAAAUUAAUCAAAACCGGUUAAACAAAUAAAAGCUCGGUCAUGUGGAUUAAUAUUUGCUGAAAGAGGUAAAAAAGAAAACAUCACGUUAUAAAAGUAUCGUCUGAUUUCAUCAACUGCAUUCCAUCUCUGGAUUCGCUCAACAAACAGGAAACACAGGUCCUAAAAAACGUGACUGACAUCUCAGUCUUCCAAUCAGAUUUCAGGUAAACCUCAGUUUAGCCAAUAGCAUUAGAGAAGAAAGGCGGGACGUCCUGUAAUGUGAUGCAAAUUCGACAGUCAAGGCUGUUAGUCCCACCUUUUUGUGUUUCCCGCACCGUCAAUCAAAAUAGAAAAAAAAAUCGACCCGAAUUCACCGAUCAACACUAGCCCGCCUUUGAUAAAAUAAUCAUGUUCGGAGUUUAGUUGAUGUGGUAAUAUUCCGCUCACUUCCAUUCACGCUAUGACUGGUACGUAAACAUUUGGCGCGUCGAAGCUGCAUUUAAUCGCGCCAGAGCAGCCUCUGAAACAAGGAGAAAUGGCGUCCGCAGACGUGGACAGCAGUCAAAGCGAGUUUCUGCAAGCCGGCGGCGCGGCUGAAACACAGACAACUGACAUGUCAGCCAUCCAGCUGACGGGUUCAGACCGAUGGGAAGUGCUAACUCCAGUCUCAGCUGGGAAGGAGGAUCAAGGCGUCGUCCACAUUCCAAACUCUGGGAUCGUCACUUCCAAUGGGCAGUACGUGCUUCCGAUUGGUAGUCUUUCCAGCCAGCCCAUUUAUGUCACAGCAUCAGCGGGCGAUGCUGCUGCUAAUGGAGUGUCAGGAAUUCAGUACCAGGUCAUCCCCCAAAUCCAAAAUGCAGACGUGACGCUCGCUGGAUUCUCAACUCAGGGGCUGGAUGACGGUACUGGUCAGAUUCAGCUUCUCCAAGACGGCGGUCAAGGCAGUAUCGGCAUCAGCUGCACCACGACGGCGCCCACAGACCUGCUCACGCAGGCGGGUCAAGUGCAGUCGAUCCAAGGCGUGCCGUUGACUGGCAGCUCGGCAUAUACUGGCACCGUACCUGUUGGGCUCCCCAGCAACAUAACGUUCGUCCCUAUUAACAGUGUGGAUCUGGAGUCGCUGGGGCUGACCGGUGCUCAAGCGGUUCCCAUAGCAACAGGGGUAACACCCGAUGGUCAGCUUAUCAUGAGUGGCCAGACGCUGGAGAAUCAGGGUCAGGACGGUGGCGCCAAGCAGCCGCUGACAGUGACGGUGAGCAACCCCGGCACCAACCAGGAGCUCUACGUGCCAACCACCUCCUCCAACUCCGUUCAGCUCCCAGAAACGAUCGACGGCACCGGGGUUCUGACCCAGGCUACAGCUGUAUCUGCGGGCAUGUCCGACCCUUCAUCAGAGAACUUCAACUCCCACAACCACCUGCAGCAAAUCCAGGUGCCGUCCUCCAACGCCAGCACCAUCUCCCAGCCCAUCCUGCAGCUGGCUGGGGACAGCCAGACCCAGGUGGCUCAGGGUCAGGACCUGACAGCAGCAGGUCAGACCCUACAGAGCGUUCAGCUGGUCAACCCAGGUACCUUCCUCAUCCAGGCGCAGACGGUCACCGCCACUGGACAGAUCCAGUGGCAGACCUUCCAGGUUCAGGGUGUCCAGUCACUCCAGGGGCUCCAGCUUCCCCAGGGACAGGGUCAGGCCCAGCAGCUGACCCUAGCUCCAGUCCAGACCCUCCCCUUGGGCCAGACAGGUCAGGUCAGCUUACCCAACCUCCAGACGGUCACCGUUAACUCUGUAACACAAACUGGAGUUCAGUUCAUGCAGGGAGAUGAGACGGCGAGUCCAGCUGGUAUUCAGAUAAAGGAAGAGCCUGACUCAGAGGAGUGGCAACUUAGCGGAGACUCCACGCUCAAUCCCAGCGACCUGAACAACCUGCGAGUUCAGCUGGGAGACGAGGACAUGGAUUCCUCAAUGGGGGAGGGCAAGAGGCUCCGCAGAGUGGCCUGCACCUGCCCCAACUGCAAGGAGUCAGGAGGAAGAGGGUCGGGCUUGGGCAAGAAGAAGCAGCACAUCUGCCACAUCAUUGGCUGUGGGAAGGUCUACGGGAAGACAUCCCACCUGCGGGCUCACCUGCGCUGGCACAGCGGCGAGAGACCCUUCGUCUGUAACUGGAUGUACUGCGGGAAGAGAUUCACCAGGAGUGACGAGCUGCAGAGACACAGGAGGACACACACGGGAGAGAAGAAGUUUGUGUGCUCCGAGUGCUCCAAGAGGUUCAUGCGCAGCGACCACCUGGCCAAGCACAUAAAGACUCAUCAGAACAAAAAGGGCAACGCCCCCUCGUCCACAUCCCCGCCCACCAGCGACGCCAUCAUCACCACAGACGGAACCACGCUCAUCCUCCAGACGACCGGCCAUGACCUCGUAGCCAAUCAGGAGAUCCCUCUGCAGCUGGUCGCCGUGGCGCCCAGCGAGGUUUUGGAAUGAAAGAGGAUUUCUGAGAACUGGCCAAUCAGAGAUCUCUUGAGCUUUUCUUUUAUCUUCUUUUUUUAAACAUAUGGAUAUAUACGUAAAUAUAUAUGACAAAUAUAUAUAUUUUAAGUGAGAGUUACCUUGACUUUCUUUGUUUUUUGCAGUCUUUUUAUAGGGGCAAAAGAAAUAACAUUAAAAUGUGGUUGCUAUGUACACGCGUAAACACACGAGAUAAAAAAACAUGAAUUAACACUCGACAUGAAUACUGAACACGGAGAAAUGCCUUACUUUGUAUCAUACUCUUGUAUAAAAUGCUGGAGGUGCAUGAGUUUUGCUGUUUUGGAGCUUUGCAGGUGACUGAGAUGAACGUUUGUGGGGUUCUGCGCCCCACACACACACACACACACACACACACACACACGAUUAACUGUUGCACUGCUGCUGCCAUCAUUGUUUUUAAAGGAAUAUUCCAAUGUUUUUAAACUUUAGUUGAGCAGCAGCUUCUUAGCUCAGCACGGAGACUGGCUUUGUUUCCUGUUCCAGUCUUUGUGCUGAAGGCAGUGACUGCUGACCUUACCGUGACCUCACCUUAAACAAUUACACUCGUAAUUUUACCUUUUAUUCCCGUUUUGUGUCUUUGCUAACCUGAAUGUUGUUCCGACCAGAGCCACGUGAUGUAAAGUUGUCGGCGGUUGCCUAGGAGAUCCAUCUGAAGCAGAGAACACACUAACGCCACCUUGUCGCCUCCCGUUCCAGUUACACCAAACCAGCUGGAAUGAGUUUUGCAAUAACUGCUUUGCUGGUGGUUCUGGUCCGGUGGCGUUCAAAAGGAAAACAAUCAUGUCAUUGCUUUAUUUUUUUAUUUAAUGUAACCUUUCCUGUGUUUGUAGCGUUCAUUUACAUGUAUAUUAUCUUAUGUUCACCUUGUUUAUAGAAGCCAUUACUUAGCUAGAUGAAUUUUGUUGUAUCGAAACCUUAUUUUAAGUAAUUUUUUUUAAAGAAUUGGUGUAAAAAUUGAAUGUUACCUUUUGUAAAACCUUUUUUCAAAUGAAUCACAAUAAAAGCCUGAAAGCUUCCAGUAA